ACAAGUCAAAGAAAGGACUGUUAAACGAGCGUAGGGUUAAGCCGGAAUCGAAAAAGUCAGAAAAAAAUGUGUUAGCGACUCAACAGGUCGACAGCUCGUCAGGAGAGAAGGGCGGGAGUGAGUAACAUACGCAACAAAGCCGCGCAGUGAGCGCACCAGUAACCGGUACACCUUCCGUCUUCCUCCACAGCGGUCUCCAUUUUAACUCCUCGCCCAGCCUGCACCUCACGUGUCCUGGACUGUCUUUCUCACAUGACCCGUGUGUUUGUCCCCGUGAUCAGCGCUUCCAUCUCCCGUAUUUCAAGUGUCGCUGAAUAUCGCAUUUUAAAAUCCGUUCGCCUUCAUGGAUAUGCUCGAUCAGAGCUUGGACACCUCGACGAGUCACGAGAAACAGGAAACUGAGGAGGUUGUUCAGCUACAGGACGGAGAGGGGGUUGGGGCCGAGGAGCAGACAGCGGUUACUAUAGCGAGUGUCCAGCAAGCAGCAGCAGCAUUUGUAGACCACAAUGUUCAGUACCAGUUCCGGACAGAGAACACUGGAGGACAGGUGACAUAUCGCGUGGUCCAGGUAACAGAGGACCACUUGGAGGCAGCAGGAGAUGGAGGAGCAGCAGUCAGUGUUGUGUCCACAGCCGCCUUUGCUGGCGCACAGCAAGCAGUAGCACAGGCUGUCAUUCAGAACCCUUUCAGUAAUGGUGGCAGUCCAGCAGGGGAGACAGUGGGUGGAGAAACCCGCUUCGCCUACUUCCCUGCAGCAACUGUCAGUGAUGGUACAGCUACAGCCGUCUCAGUGCAGGCCACGUCUGAUCCCACCCUCACACAGGCUGGAGGUCAGUUUUACGUGAUGAUGAGUCCCCCAGAUGUUUUACAAACUGGAACACCACGGACCAUUGCUCCUCGUACACACACCUAUUCAACAGACCUUGGUGAACGUGAGACUCUUCAGCACAGCAGAUCAGACUGGAAGAUUGAUGGCCCCAGGGCACCUCGUGACGAGAGAAGAAGAGCACAGCACAAUGAAGUGGAACGGAGAAGAAGAGACAAAAUCAACAACUGGAUUGUCACGCUUUCUAAAAUUAUCCCAGACUGCAACAUGGACAAUACCAAAACAGGAGCAAGUAAAGGAGGCAUCCUGUCUAAAGCAUGCGACUACAUUAGAGAACUCCGACAGACCAACCAGAGGCUGCAGGAGAACUACAAGGAGGUGGAGAGAAUACAAGUGGACAAUGAGCUACUAAGACAACAGAUUGAAGACCUGAAGAAUGACAAUGCACUGCUCAGAGCCCAACUACAACAGCACGGCCUGGAAAUCAGUGAAACGGCAUCACAGUGACACACACGCGCACACACACACACAAACCUUCUCACAAAUAAACAGUCUCAAGCGGAGAACAAUAACCCCUCAAUGACUCACUCGCUCACGCCUCAUCACAGACUCGUUCUGCAGCUCAAGUAGGGUAUGAAUGCUUGUUUGAAACCGACACACACACACUUCUGACGAGAGACUCUAUGACCGUAGUGAAAAUAAUAUCUGCUGUACAAGCACACUUUGUUUUUUCUUUACUCCCCGCAAGAACUCUUCAACUUGAUCUUGGCCGACAUGGAAAAAAGCCUCCUCUUCCAGACGUUUCCCGCUAGCCACAGGUCUUUGUCUUUUAGUUCAAAUCUUGGAAUUGUGAACCAGUUUUAAUGCCUGCUCAUACCUUAUGGUCAUCUUUUGUUCUGUUUAUUUUAUGCUACAUCAUGCAAAUGUUACUACUGUCUCUGACAUGACAGAAGGUCUUUUUUCCGAAGGGUUCGUCUGUGUUGUAUUUAUUAGCUCUGAAGAAAUUGUGCAGCAGGUAUUCAAAUCUUUCAAUUAGAUUUCUUUUUUUGUCUCACAGUCUUUCCUUUUAUAUUCAUCAGGCUGCUGAGAGACUUGUCAUCCUGGCACAUCAAGGCUGAUUUACAUGGUGAAUUUGUGUAGAAUGUGAAUGAAAUCCCAUUUAGGACGUUUUCAUUUGCACACUAUGAGCCCUAAAAUUGCAUUACAGAUCCAUUUGAGUUUUCAGAGUCCACCAUAUUUAAUGCACUGUGAUAUUUAGUGAAGGAUGAACGAGUAGCUCAGGGUUUUUGAGGUGCAGGAAAAUAGCUGAGGCUCUGGAACUCCCCGCUAACCUUGUAACCCUGCACUUUUGUUUUUGCCUUUUGGCGUAACAUACUAAAUUCUAAACAUGUACUGUAUAUCUCAUGUAUUUCAAAACGUUGUUCGCACAUCAUGGAUAAAUUCAGAGAGACAUACUUUUUAAAGUCCUAAUUCCCAGGCUCAUUUAUCUACAGCAAAUAAAAUGGAAGAUGCACAAUAGAAAUGGAUAGAAUUGCCACUACUUGUAGAUUUUGUUGUAGCUAAUGUUAUUUUUAUUCCGUCUCUGUUUUGAACAUUUGAGGUAGAAAAGAAAACCACUAUAUUAUGGGAAUAGGAGUAUUGGCAGUGGGAGUUAUUGCGAAUGAGCUAUGCAUAAGUAAACCAAACAAAGUUUAAAAGCGAACCGAUUUAUUUUCUUAUACCUUCUUGAUUAGUUUUAGUCUUUACCUCCUAGGUUUCUUUAAAGGGUUAGUUGACAUCAAAAUAAAAAAAAAUACAUCACCGUAUGUUGUUCCAAACCAUUAAGACCUCUGUUUAGAUCAACAGUGAAUCAAAUUAAUAUAAAUUCCCUAAAACUGAUGCUUUAAGAUGUUCAUGAAGACAUAAAAAUGAAUUGAGUGGUUUAAUCCAGAUCUUUUAAAGCAGGGGUGUUCAAACUCUGUCCUGGAGGACCAGUGUCCUGCAUAUUUUAGUUCCAACCCCAGUUAAACACACCUAAACCAGCUACUCAAGCUCUUUCUAGGUAUACUAGAAACUUCCAGGGAGGUGUGUUGAAGAACGUUGGUGCCAAACUAUACAGGACACUGGCAAUCCAGGACUGAGUUUGGACACCUCCGUUCUAAAAAGACAUGCUUCAUAAAAUGAUCAUUUUCCACAUAUAAACACUGAUUGACAAUGUUUACAGCGUUCAGAUUUAGUCUCGGAAGUCCUAGCAUGCUUGCUUGAUGUGUGAGAACCAAUCAUUUGACUGUUUAUAAGACUUUGUUUAACCACUUGAUUCAUUUGAAUUGAUUUAUUUAUUAAACUUGUUAUAAAUGUUUUUAAGUUUCAGCAUUUUGGGUGGAUAAAUUUAAUAUGGAGCAACAGAAAUUUCUUCUAUUUGAAUAAAAAUCUAAUCUUCAGAACAUGAAGUGACAUUUUAUUAUUUAUUAAUUUUGGCGUGAACUAACCCUUUAUUUAAGGCCAAUUCAGGCUUGUUUCCCCCUUUCUUAACAAAUGCAAGGCUUGAAUGGUUGAAUAUAUGCUGGAUUGUAUAAAAUAUUACUUUUUGACUGUUUACUAGCACCCGUUAGUGUACUUCGUUUUAGUCUUUGGAAAAACAGAUGAGCAAACAAGCAUCAGGUUAAAGCAGUCUAAUCAUAGCAAACCAUGUGUUGAACCAGUGAAACAUCAAUAUAUGUCUAUAAUAUUCCACGUAGCAAUACAGAGAGUGCACAGAUAACCCUCAAUCACUCUUCUUUACAGUAUUAAUGCUGAACUUGAAUGACUGUUGAUGUAGAGUCCAGAAUCCUAGUCUAAUGCACUGCUGCUUUUAAAUCAGAGGAUAUUUUUAUUCAUGUACGUCUGGUUGAACUGAGAAACCCUUAGCAUGGCAUUCUCACCACUGGUUUGAUAUCUAUAAGCUAUACAACAGUUGCUUUGUUUAUACCUAAUGACUGUUGAUGUUUAUGUAUGUACUUGUAUAAAAAAAGAGUUACAAUAUGUAGGUUUUUUUUUUCUUUGAAAGAAGAAAAUGUGUUUGAAAUAAAUUUGAAAAACCUC